CGAGAUUCGGCGUUAAAACGCCUAGGAGACAAAGAGGAUGGGCCCCGCAAGUCUUCCAAGCUACGUCUUGGUCCUGAGAUGGGCCGGACUAGCGGAAUAGAAAGACUUGGUGGGAAUCGUCCUACCCAAUCACGGUGUUCUAGGGAAUCUGAGACGAUUCACCUGGACGAGGAAGAAGCUGAAAGCCAGCCCAGGGCAUCGGCGUAUACCAGGCUCUCAUACGAUGAGGAUGAUCUGGACAAGAUAGGGAGCGUGGCAAGAAAGCUACGUGUCCUGGAGGAAAAAGUGGAAGAGAAGGCGAGAACAAAGAAGUAUACCCUGGCCAAAUCUCCCUUUUCAGCCAGGGUACAUGCGCAAAAACUGAGGCGGAAGAUCAAGCUGGACGUGGAGAAGUUCACUGGAAAGGAGGAUCCGAAUGUCCACCUUGAUACCUUCCACAAUGCAGCACAGAUGGCCGGGUGCACUGAUGCUGAAGAGUGCCUGCUCUUCUUCUCAUCCUUGAGAGGGAGACCGGUGGAAUGGUUUAACGGCCUUCCCCAUGGCAGGAUUGGGUCCUUUGAGAAACUUGCCGAGGUUUUUCGCAAGAAGUACCAGGACAACUGCAUAAAGAGAAAGAAGUUCACCUACCUACACACAGUAGGACAAAGGGAGAAGGAGUCCUUGACUCAAUUCUUGACGCGCUGGAGGGAUGAGGUCGAUAAAGUAGAAGAGAUAGACGAUAAGACGGCCAUGUCUUUGCUGAUGAAUGCCUUCCGGUCGGGUGACCUCUACACCGAAUUUUGUAGAAGGCCACCCUCCUCUUAUCAAGAAGCCUAUAAUACAGCAUGGGAGUAUGCCGAGGCGGAGGUCCUGAACAAGAGCAAGCAGGAGCUGGAGGAAAGCUAUACAAAAGUGAAAGCCGAGAAGCCGAAGAAGGAUGACUAGACAGGAGGGUCUAAGCCAAGGGCCACAUAUGACGGGUCAGUCCACCAAAUUAGGGAUGAGAGGAAGGGAGAACAACCUAAGCGGCCUUGGACAGAGAAGUGGUGUACCUACCACCAAUCUGACUCCCAUAACACGGCGGACUGCCGAAACGUUAGGGCUAUGCUCAAAGAGAUGAUCUUGAGAGGGGAAUUGGAUGAAGUACUCGUUACGGGAAAUCAAAGAGGAUCAGGGAA